UACUCUCUCUAAACUAGAAGAUACAAUAAUGAUGAUGAGCAGGGCAGUUCCACUAACAAUAGUAGUUGCCAUCUUUUUGUUGAACUUGACAGGCCAAUGCCAUGGUCAGCUGCAAUUCGGAUUCUAUAAGAACAAGUGUAGCUUCGACGUUGAGUCUAUUGUUCGUAACGUAGUUCAAAUCAAAUAUUUUAACGACACAACCCUCGUCGCUGCUCUUCUUAGAAUGCAGUUUCAUGACUGUUUCGUUCAUGGAUGUGAUGCUUCUCUACUUCUGGAUGGAGACAACAGCGAAAAAACUGCACCACCGAAUCUAACUGUAAGAGGCUUUGAAGUUAUUGAUGCUAUUAAAGCUGCUGUGGAGUUUUUCUGUCCUGGAAUUGUCUCUUGUGCUGAUAUUAUUGCUAUUGCUACCAGAGAAGCUGUAUUCUUGGCAAAAGGAGGAUGGUACAAUGUAGAAACAGGAAGAAGAGAUGGUUUUAUAUCAAAAGCUGCUGACGUAGACCUGCCAGCUCCAAACAUCACUGUUUCUGAUUCUAUUGCCGCAUUUGCUAAAAGAAAUCUUGAUGCAACUGAUAUGGUUUAUCUUCUAGGUGGUCACACCGUUGGUAUAGCGCACUGUUUUCUAUUCCAAGAUCGUCUGUACAAUUACAAGAACACUAACCAACCUGAUCCCAACAUGGAUUUAGUAUUACUCAACAUGUUAAGAGACAAGUGCCCACAAAAUUCGGACGGAUCAAACACAACGUUUCUUGAUCAGAACCCUUCUAGUUCAUUCAUUGUAGACAGUUCUUAUUACCAGCAGUUGCAGCAGAAGAAAGGGAUUCUUCAAAUUGAUCAAGAUUUGGCAUCGGAUCCUAACACUAAAUCCACAGUGGAAAAUAUAGGCAAUGGGAAUAGUUUCUCCUUCAACUUUGGUCUAGCCAUGAUUAAGUUGGGAGCUGUUGAUGUCCUCACGGUCGAUCAAGGGGAGAUCAGGAGAUCAUGCCGGUCUGUCAAUAAACCAUAGAACUAAUGAAUUAUUACCAGUCUUUUUAGUUAUGUUCAUGACAUUUCGUAACCUGUAAUUUGUAUUCCUGUAUAAUGUUGUACUACAUUUAAGUGAAUUAUUUGUCUUCUUGGACCGACCA